AUGCCUCUCUGGCAGAUCUACCACCCACCCGGCACUUUCGACGACAAUGCCCUAAAACAAGCCUUCGCCGAUGAUAUCACCAAAAUGUACACAACCCUCGGCCUACCCGCCUUCUACGUCGUCACCCAUUUCUACAAAAUGGACAACAGCAACGUUUACCUGGGCGGCAAGCCAUUGUCAGAGGGCGAGAAACCAUUCGUGCGAGUAGUCAUCACGCACAUUGCCAUUCACGUGCCGGAUUCGGACGCCAUGUAUCUCCGGACUACUUCUCGCCUUGACGAUAUCAUGAAGCCUCAUUUGUUGGACAAGGGAUACGAUUUUGAGUACCAUGUUGAUGAGACGGAGCGACGGCUUUGGAAGAUCAAUAGCUUGCUUCCACCGCCAUUUAAGAGCGCAGAGGAGCAGCUUUGGGUGAAGGAGAAUAAAGCUGUUGCUUACGAGGGUGCUUAUCCUCCUGCGUUGGGGCAGCCUGCUUUGUGA